AUGUUAGUGAAUUCUGCCGUCUGGUUAAUUACUCUAUACGGUUUACCAAUUGGAUUCAAUCAAGCAUCAAUCUGUAACACUCCAGCAAAUACGUUUAAAUGCGAACAAGUAGAUGUUGCCAAUGGUGGUGGGUUUCAUAUCACCUCAAUUUCAAUUUCGACUAGUUCAAAUUCAUAUGUUGGACAAUUGAAUACAACCAUGACAGAAUUAUACUUUCCUCAAGUAUUGACCAUUGUCAUUUCUGUAAACCAAUACAAUGCCUACAAUAUCAAUCUAUUAGACUAUACAAAGAAUCUUCCAAAAUAUAGCUUGGUAUCAAUUCCAACAUUUUUCAAUGGGUCUCGGUUGGUGACUCUUGAACUUGGUGAAUCGAGUUUGGCAAAUCUUGUGAUACCUUCCACGACAUAUCUUCCCUCUUUAUUCAGUCUUAGAAUGGGUAUUUCAUGUUUUACAACCACAACAAUCAAUCUUUCAGAACAAUCAUUCCCAAAUCUUUCUAUAUUAGAUAUCAAAGGUAAAGAAGGAAACUUUCCAAUCAAUAUUGGUGUCAGUCCUACAAUCCGUAACAUGUAUGCCAGUACAUCAAGUACAUCUACCAUCAAUUUAUCAUUUUCAAACACUUCAACUGUUUCUGAAAUGAUAUUUAUAGGAUCAGUUACACUAAGUCCAAAAGAUUUAUCAUUAUAUCCAAGUUUAACUUCAUAUAAUGUGAGAUCAUCACCAAAUCAAAAUAAUCCAUUUCCAUUUGAAGGUCCAGUUCCUUCAAAUAUGUAUCAAUUAGAUUUGAGAAAUCAAAGUAUUUCAGGAACUAUACCAUCGAAUCUUUUAGCAAAUAAUCCAUACCAAUUAAAACUUUUAUUGCAAAAUAAUUCACAACUUGUUGGAAGUCUUGGACAAGAAUAUUGUUACAUCUCUGAAUUACAUAUCGAUUUAACUGGCAUUACCUCUGUUCCUGAUUGUUGGUGGUGUUAUUAUACCCUAACACAAUCACUUGAUCUUCAAAUUGAUAGUACUACAUUAUUUUCAUAUCGAGGAAACUAUGUAAUCACUGGUGAUGGUAUUGGGUUUGGUGCCGGAACAACAUCACUUUACUUGAUUGAACCAAAUAGAAAACUAGGAGGAAAAAUGAAUGUACAAAUGGGAAGAAGUCAAAAUAUAAGUUUAUCAUUGACUAAUAGUUCGAGUGAUUCGAUUAUGUUUGAAGUUUAUGAAAUGGAAUUUAGUGUGGUCGAUGCUAAAAUGGAUCUAAAGGAUAAUCAAGAGUUGAAAAUUUCCUUUAUAAUUGUCAAUCCCAAUUAUCCUCCCAAUGUAACACUUGAUUCAAAUCGUCUAUCAUUUAAAUCCUAUGGUUCAAGUAAUACAUUGAUUUAUUCAAUUCCAACAAAUUAUAUAUUGAAAUCAGAUAUUCCAUCGAUUAUAGUUUAUACACAAUUCCAAACCACAAACAUUACAAAUAUUAAUGCAAUUGUAACAUCAGUUGUAAUGGAACCAACUACAUAUCCACCAAAAUAUAUUUAUUUCUAUGGGUUUUUUGGAAAUGCUGGUGCACGAGUAUCAAUCAAUAAUACAGAGUGUACGGUCACUUUGAGCACCCUUAUUGUACGAAGAUGCGAAUUUGAAACGGUUCCACCACCAUCAGGACCUGCUUUUAUUAAUGUUACAACAGACAAUGGUAUAUUUGCAUCAUCAUCUUUGUUAUUCAUUCCAUAUCCACCACCUUCAAACGACGAUUGUAUGAAUAGAACUAAUAAUUGUAAUGGUCAUGGUACUUGUGUUAAUGGUACUUGUCAAUGUGACGAUGGUUGGACUGAUGAUUGUCGUUUAAAAAAUGAAAAAGAUCCAGAUGUCAUAUUCAAACCAAAUACAACAUCACCAACAUCAACAUUUUCAUAUAAAGAUUUUAUAUUCUCAUUUGAUAUGGUUGAAAUUCAAGAGUUGGAUAUCGAUGGAAAUGUAAUCAAAAGAUUAGAAUCAAAUAGUUGGUUGUUGAAUGAUAGAUCAACAAAUGAUUUGGUGUCACUUUCAUAUGAUCUUGUCAGUCAUCAGAAUGACAGUGAUUAUUCACUGCUCAAUGUGACAUCGAUCGUUGAAUUCUCAAAUUCAUCGAGAUCAAUUCAAUUUGGUGAUGACAUCAUUCAAUUGGGUGCUGGUUCAAUCAAGGUAUCUGUCAAUAUUACCAAUUGGCCAUUCACAUCGGUACUAUCCAACCUUAGAGUAUUAUUCUCAACGACCAUCAACAACCAACAAUCAAUCAUUGGAUGUGAUGACUCUGUCAACACUAUUGCAUCAUUUGAACAAUCUUUAAAUGGAGAUAGUAUUCAAUACCUUCGAGUAGUCAAAGACAAUGUUCAAUUCUUUGGUCGAUUCAUUGAUUAUUGUCUGUCAGAUGGCAGAAAGACCUAUUCAAAGACACAACUAAUCAACACAACAGUCAUCGAUCAAGACAACUCUAUUGCAUUGAUAGGUAUCAGUCUACCACAAUCACAAUCUGCUUUAUUGGAUCCAGAUUUCAGUGCUUUGGUCAUUGAUAGAGAAAGUUUUGGUAGUGGUGGUUGUAAUGGUUCUGAAUCAGACACCAAAUGGAAAAUAAUUGUUGGAGUAGUUGUUGGAGUUGUCGCAGCUGCUGCCAUCUCAGUCGUCAUUGUUUAUUUUGUCAGAAGAUUAAGAGUACAUAGAAUAUUAACUAGAAAACCUGUUGAAAUGAAUGAUAGAAGAUAA